CUUAUGUAGGGGUACAUCCACCUAAGAUACAGAACGAGGAAUCUGCCCCGCGUCUACGCUGCCCCACCAGUCUAUAUGUCCCAAACGCUGCUGGAGCGAGGUUAAACAAGUAAACUGCCUGUUAGAAAUCCGUUUUAAUUUUUGAAAGAUCCGAUGGCAGGGAAUGAAAAGAACGCAUCUAAGGCGGAAACUGGGGUUGUGUUGGGAUUUUUGGAAGAAGCGGAGCCCUGGCAGCUUCACAGUUCCCAGUUCCCGAGUAAAGUUGGGGGGAAACCAGCAUGGCUGAGCCAAGCAGACUUGCCAUGCCCGAUAGCCUGUGGGAAAUGUAAUCGCCCUGCAGCGUUUCUCUUGCAGGUUUACGCACCGAUUGACGGACAAGACAGAAGUUUUCACAGAACACUGUAUGUGUUUUGUUGCAAAACGCCAGACUGUUACUCCUACAACGAGAGCCGCUGUUUUAAAGUAUAUAGGAGCCAGUUACCAAGGAAAAAUGACUUCUACCCAUAUGAUCCGCCACCUGAGGAAAAGGCGAUGGUUGAAACUGACAGUGAUCCAGCUGUAUUGCAGUCCGGUGUCAAACUGUGCACGGUGUGCGGCUGUGCUGGACCAAAGACUUGCUCCCGUUGCCACGCUGUGAAUUACUGCAGCAAAGAACACCAGGUUAUAGACUGGAAAAGCGGACACAAGAAGGAAUGCGGCACAUCCGGCUCAGCUGGGCUUCUCAAGCACGGAUUGUGCUUUCCUGAGUUCGAGCUGGUAACAGAACCAGAGGAGGCCGAAGUAAAAGUGGAGCAGUGUGAAGCAGACGAAACGCAGGAAGCACUGGAGUGCAGUGCCACAGGAGGAGAUUCUUUGGAAGAGAAGGAACUAGAAGAUAUGGCUAGGCAUGAGACGGAGGACAGCAGAGUGUUCCAGAACUUCAAACAGAGGAUUGAACUGGAACCUCAUCAGGUGUUGCGGUACUGUAGGCGUGGUUCUCCCCUCUGGGUCUCAGGCGAACACGUUCCUAAAGAGGAGGAUAUUCCGAACUGUCUUUGCGGAGCUAGGCGCAUCUUUGAGUUUCAGGUUAUGCCUCAACUCCUGAACCACUUGAAAGUGGACGACCCGAACGCAAGCAUUGACUGGGGAACUCUGUCCGUGUACUCCUGCGCGAACAGCUGUGAUCAGGGCCACAGCUAUCACCCAGAAUUCAUCUGGAAACAGGACUUCUCAGCAGACCAGCCAAACAGUACAACAGAGGCUGGAGAAACAGACUGUCAGUAAAGUCUAUAUACACUCAGUGACCACUUUUGCGCAUGAGAUUUAUUUUAUUUUUUUACAUCUUGGUCUGCUCCUGUAGCCCAUCCACAUCAAGGUUUGAUAUGUUGUGUGUUCAGAGAUGCUCUUCUGCAUACCUCAAGUGUAGCACAUGAUUGAGUUACUAGUUGGCACCUUCAUGCUUAAGCCAGUCUGGCGAUUCUCCUCUGUCCUCUCAUUAACAAGACGUUAUCGGCCACAGAACUGCCGUUCAACUGGUUUUUUUGCACUUUUGUCCCGGGAUAUGAGCAGUUUCUCAAAAUACUCAAACCAACCAGUGUGGCACAAACAGUCAUUCCACAGGCAAAGUCACUUAGAUCACAUUUAUUCCCCAUUCUGAUGUUUGUUCUGAACAACUGACCUGUUUGAUUUUGACCACAUCUGCACGGUUAUAUGCAUUCAGUUGCUGCCACAUGAUUGGCUGAUCAUAUAUUUGCAUUAACAAGCUGGUGUACAGGUCUACCUAAUCAAGUGGUCACUGAGUAAAAACUACACUCCUGACACCCGACUAUGCUUAAUCCAGACCUUUUACUCAAAUAAAAAAGUUUAUUAUAUUGUUUGA